UAAUAAACCUCUUUAACAGAGUGUGCAGUUUUUACUUUUUUACACUGUCCUCCGACACUCACUUGAUGCAUCAGCCAAAGCAAAUGCAGCUACAUUCAGGCCCCUCAGCCUUUGCUCAUGCCAUCACUGACUUCAGUGUUGUCAUUCUACCCACUGCCACAGCUGCAGAACCAGCUGUGGGUGUGGACCUGGCAUAUCUGUUUUCAUGAGCCCUCUUAGUUUCUCAGCAGCACUGCAUUUCAGGGUGGGGAAACUGAGUCUGGCCUAGACUCACAAAGCACUCCCAGGUUUCCAGAUACAGUUCUGUCCUCCUCCUGGCCUUCAGGCCUCACUUCACUCCUCUUCCACUGGGCAGAGUUCCAAUCCGGCCUGUGAGACUUGAAAGCCACCGCCCGAGUCAGGCCCUCAGUUGCUAUUUCUGUCUGUUAGAAGCUUUCCUCUACACCAGGACUUUGAGAGGCAGCUCGGAAGACAAAAGGGUCGCGGCUCCUUUAAGGACUCCGAGGCGGGGCGCCCCGAUCUUUUGUCCGGGCGGUGGCGCGCGCGUAAGCGUCAACGCUCGCGCAUGCGCAUGGCUGGGGGCCUAGACAGCGGUGGUAGCGGCGGCGGCUGAGGGGUCCACAGCUACGGGAGCACCCGACCCAGCCCAGCUUUCGCCUCUUGGCCUCGGCUCCCCUCGGCGCGGCGCGUCCCGGCCCCGCCUCUGCCCUCUUGGCCUUUCGCAGCCCGGCCCCGGUCGCCCACCUCUGCCGCCGCAAUGAUGAUGAUGGCGCUGAGCAAGACCUUCGGGCAGAAGCCCGUCAAGUUCCAGCUGGAGGAUGAUGGCGAGUUCUACAUGAUCGGCUCCGAGGUGGGAAACUACCUCCGUAUGUUCCGAGGUUCUCUGUACAAGAGAUACCCCUCACUCUGGAGGCGGCUAGCCACUGUGGAAGAGAGGAAGAAAAUAGUUGCAUCGUCACAUGGUAAAAAAACAAAACCUAACACUAAGGAUCACGGCUACACGACACUGGCCACCAGUGUGACCCUGCUGAAGGCCUCUGAGGUAGAGGAGAUCUUGGAUGGCAAUGACGAGAAGUACAAGGCUGUCUCCAUUAGCACGGAGCCCCCCACCUACCUCAGGGAGCAAAAAGCCAAAAGGAACAGCCAGUGGGUGCCCACCCUGCCCAACAGCUCCCACCAUCUGGACGCUGUGCCAUGUUCCACCACCAUCAACAGGAACCGCAUGGGCCGCGACAAGAAAAGGACCUUCCCUCUCUGCUUCGACGAUCACGACCCUGCUGUCAUCCAUGAGAAUGCAUCCCAGCCUGAGGUGCUGGUCCCCAUCCGGCUGGACAUGGAGAUCGAUGGGCAGAAGCUGCGGGAUGCCUUCACCUGGAACAUGAAUGAGAAGCUGAUGACCCCCGAGAUGUUCUCGGAGAUCCUCUGUGACGACCUGGACUUGAACCCACUGACAUUUGUGCCGGCCAUCGCCUCAGCCAUCCGGCAGCAGAUCGAGUCCUACCCCACAGACAGCAUCCUGGAGGACCAAUCAGACCAGCGUGUCAUCAUCAAGCUGAACAUCCACGUGGGCAACAUUUCCCUGGUGGACCAGUUUGAGUGGGACAUGUCGGAGAAGGAGAACUCGCCUGAGAAGUUUGCCCUGAAGCUGUGCUCGGAGCUGGGGCUAGGCGGGGAGUUUGUCACCACCAUCGCCUACAGUAUCCGGGGACAGCUGAGCUGGCACCAGAAGACCUAUGCCUUCAGUGAGAACCCCCUGCCUACGGUGGAGAUCGCCAUCCGGAACACUGGCGAUGCCGACCAGUGGUGCCCGCUGCUGGAGACCCUGACAGACGCCGAGAUGGAGAAGAAGAUCCGCGACCAGGACAGGAACACAAGGCGGAUGCGGCGUCUCGCCAAUACUGCCCCAGCUUGGUAACCACUCGGCAUGGGUGUCCACUGGAGUGGCUCAGAAGAUCACACCACCGCUCUCUCCAGUACCUUCUGGCAAGAAGAGGCAGGGACAGCUGUGCCGUGCCAGGUGGCACAGGAGGGGGCCUUCCAGCUGCCUCCCCGGCACACAUUCCAUUGCUGAGCCCCACUCCCCCACCCUCUUCAGUCUCUGGGGUCAGAAAGAGGCCUCAUUUUGAGUUGUGUUUAGUUUUUCUAUAGGAGCCCCAGGCAGGGCUAGCAACACUUUUUAAAUAAAAGGCAAUGGGUCUUAUUUCCUUUCUCCAACUGGUCACUAAAAAUGAGAGUGGUGAGUGCCACGGCCUGCUACUGGGCCUGGCUGGGGGACGUGGGUCCUAGCUGACAGUGGGCUUCCCUCUGCAGUCUCAGGUCCUCAGGUCAGGGUCACAGGCUCUAGGCCCCACUUCUCAGUCUGCAGCCACACCAGCUCUAGCACAGCACAGUGCUUGGCUUUUCCUUGGACCUCAAGCUUCCUAUCUGCCACCCUAGCCACAGAGUCCUUGGGGCCAUGGAAGAGCAGACCCCAGUGGCCCACGGAGGCAGGAGACAGGAAGUGGGGGAACCCAGAGGGCAGGGGGCACCUCCCCCACAACGUGGCUCUGCUUGGCUGAAUGAAGUAGCACAGGCUCUCGGAAUGGCCUUGGGUGCUGCACCCCAGUGCUCAGUCCCCAGGCUACGAGCAGGGCCUCUCCAGAGCCCUUUCCAGAGGGCACAGGUGGGGUCCCGUUGGGCUGCGCUGGGGUGCCAGCCUCACCACAGUGUGCGUAAGAGAUUGACAGAGCCCUCCAUCCUGCCUGACACUGUGGUCCAGGCCAGCUUCUGCCUCCCCUGCCCCAGGCUGGUUGUGAGGAGUGAUGCUGGCAGGACACUGGCCUGUGGGGUGC